AAUAUCAAAAAAACAAUACGCAAAGUUCGCGUCAACAUAACAUAUCAUAUUAAAGUUUUAAAAACCUUUUAAAAAAACAACAAUCAAGAUGCCUUGCAAAGGAUGCGGAAACAACUGCCAGUGCACUGCCGGCCAAUGUGGAGGUAACUGUGCUGGAAACCAACAAUGUCAAUGCGCUAGCAAACCCGCCUCCAAGUGCUGCCAGAAUAAAUAGAGGCUGCUAUGACCUUAAAGAGUUCUAUAAUUAAAUCUCCGACUGAUUGUGAAUAACUAAAGCGUAAUAAAUAUAAUGUAU